GAGACUGUUUUAUCUCAAUGCAUUGCAGUAAUGUUUACAUAAUCCUAAACGUAACACUGAAACGAUUUCAAACAAGCAGAAAUAACUCGAUGCAAACUGCUGUAAAGAUGUUUGUUAAAGAGGAGAGUGUGAACAGGAGUGAUGCAGAGCCAUUCACAGUGAAAAAUGAAGGCCUGAUGGAAGUGAAAGAUGAAGAACUGAAUGAUGUUCAGGAGAUUCUUCAGUAUCAGGAAGCUCAUAAUGUCAAAACUGAAGAAAACCCCUUGAGUUACUCACAAACUGAAGAUAAUUUAUCACAAAGCAGCUCUCAAAACACAACUCAAAAAACUUUUGUUUGCCCUCAGUGUGGAAAAAGUUUUAGAUUUAAGUGCAAUUUAAAAAGUCACAUUAGAAUUCACACUAAAGAAAGGCCUUUUACAUGCCAUAAGUGUGGAAAGAGUUUCAGUCGUAGAGAACUCCUUGAUAAUCACAUGAGAGUUCACACUGGAGAGAGACCUUUCACCUGCCCUCAGUGUGGAAAGAGUUUCUCAAAUAAGAGCAAUGUUAAAGUGCACAUGAGAAUUCAUACUAAAGAAAGGCCUUUUACAUGCCAUGAGUGUGGAAAGAGUUUCUCAAAUAAGAGCAAUGUUGAAGUGCACAUAAGAAUUCACACCCAAGAAAGGCCUUUUACAUGCCAUCAGUGUGAGAAAAGUUUCACACAGUCAAGCAGUCUUUACAAACAUCUGCGUCACAUUCACUCUGGCGUAAAGGAAUUUACCUGUGAGCAGUGUGGUAAAACAUUUACUUCACCGUUCAACCUGAGGAGACAUCAGAAAAUUCAUACACAUGGGAAGUCUUAUGUCUGUUCUGAUUGUGGAAAGAGUUUUGCAUGGCUUGAUUCUUUGCAACGACACCAAAGAUUACAUGUUACUGUGAAAACUCAUGUGUGCUCUGAGUGUGGAAAGGCUUUUACUACUGCUCGAUACUUGAAAGAGCACCAAAGAAUCCACAGUGAAGAAAAACCAUACAUGUGCUCACGGUGUGGAAAGAGUUUCACCCGCAGAGGAACCCUUAAAACACACGAAAGACUUCAUACAGGGGCAGAGGCGUUGUGAUGGUAGAUUAUCACUUGCAUUCAUUCAGUUCAGCACAAAAAUGACAGUCACCUGUUCCGGCCAGUAGUAUCCUCUGUUCAGUGAAUUUGAGACCUUAUGUCUGACUUCUACACUUAAUUAUGAACAGUUUACAAUGUAACCUGGUACGUUUAAGUUAUAGUUUGAACUUUGACAUUAUUUUGGGGAAAAUAAUCAACAUUAUUCAAUCAAAUAUGUUAAAAUGUAUAUAAAUACACUUGCAUAGUAAUGAAACAAUGUUCCUGUAAAUUGUAAAGAGAUAGAUAUUAGAAAUAUUUGAUCUAUGUUUGAUAUAGCCAUCUAGAUAGUGUCUGAUAACAACAGCUACUGUAAUCUUACUAACCUAAUGUUGGGCAAAUCAGUUGUUUCUACUAAAUCUUUUUUUUUUUUUAAUUAUUAUUAAUGCCAAGAACAAUCUGAAUACUUACAGCAGUUGUAUAAUGCACAAAAAACAAAUACAAUACAUCAGCCAGAGGGAAACAUUUAAAAGUGGUUAUAUAUCAACAAUAUUUGUUGACAUUUGUUUUAGUUUAGUUUUGUUAUUAAAAAUGUACACUUAUAAAUGAAAUCUUAUCCAACAAUAAAAAACAAA